UCUCCCAGCCGCAAUUCCCGGAAUUCCCUUUUCCAGGAGAGCUUCGAUUACAUCGGCAGCUCCCGCCUGGUUUGGGACAUGGAGCAGGAGAAAUUCCCGCUGCGCCUGGAGAACGUCGGAGCCUUCCUGGAGCUGGGCCAGGUGGCGCUGCAGAACGACUCCGUGCUCUGGCUGCACACGGAUCCCAUCUCCCGCCGGAACGAAUCCGUGGACGAGCAGGUGAGGCCGGAAUCCCGGGAAUGUUCCUCAUCCCGAGAAACCCCCGGGAAUUCCCAAAUUCCCUUUUCCGUGGCUGUUCCAGCCGAAAAUCCCCAUCCCGAAUAUCCCGGGAAAAUCCGGAAUUUCCUGCAGGAUUUCCCAUUGUUCCCAUUUUUCCAUCCCCAUUCCCACCAUUCCCACAUCCCCAUUCCCUUCCCGUUGUUCUCAUUCCCGAUUUUCCAUUCAUUCCCCCAUUCCCAUU